CUCUCACACUCCAACUGGAACCUUGUCAUUGCUUUGUAUCUUGUAGAAUUGACAAGAUUGUAAACAUGCCAUACCAAUGGACGGCUGCAAGGGAACGUCAAAUGCUCCUGCUUGCCAUCUCCUCCGCCAACUUGAGGCCGUCGGCCGACACAUGGACAAAAGUUGCCUCCCUGCUGGGAGAAGGCUUGACCGCAUCAGCUGUGAGCCAGAAAUACUACAAGCUGCGGAAUGAAUUCACCAAGCAGCUGGAUGGUCAGCCAGCGUCAACACCUUCAACCCCGACAAAGCGGAGGGCUUCUGACGAGGACGAGGACAAGAAGACGCCUCCGUCAAAGCGCGCUAGAAAGCCCAAGCGGGAGCCUUUGGACGGUGUGCCCUUCUCGGACACAAGUGACAGCUCGUGCGAAAUCAAAGCACAAGAUAUGGCGAUGACUGCCAUGGACCCCUUUGCCAGCUUCAACCAACAAUUCAUACCCACAGGAUAUUUCAUGCCAGACAACAUGCCAAUCAAGGGCGAAAGCAGUGUCAGCAACAGCUUCCUGGGCUGAGGGUCAAGAAUUGAAGGGAGGGCAAGUUACCCUGCAAAUGCCCAGGAAAGCGGUGGGAAACGCCCGAGGAAGCGGACAAAGGCAGUUGGUUGCUGAACACAAAUUGGGGGGAGAAGGACUUGACCAGGCAGGGUUUUCGGAGGAGGCGUCAUCAAUUGGG